AUGAGUCGGCCCAGACUUUCAUUGAGAAUUUCACGCCUUGGUGGCGAGGGCCAUGCGGAGAAGAGAGAUUUUGCGUUUCUGGAUAAGAUUCAUCCGAAUAGGAUUAAGUCGUUGAAGGCGUGGAUGGAGAAGAACAAGUAUGAUGGUCAGGGCAAGAGUGUUUUGAAGGGGCCGGCAGAUCUUAAGGCGAUGGCGGCGAAGAUGCAGGCGCAGCAGAAUGGGAAGUGA